CUCAACUUGAAUCAAUUGCACAUGCCACAUGCUUCAGGCUCCAGAAAGGCUGCAGACAUUCAUACAAUUUGUGUGAGGAAGUGCAGCUCGCUUUGGAUCAUACAGCGCACGUGAUCGCGGCUCACUCUGAGCCAGGAUGUGCUGAAAUUACUAUCGACGAGAGCCAUAUGCAUCGUUCAGGAGUGCUCUAAACCUUGGAUCCCGGUCGAAUGGUAGGGCCUCCAGUCCGUUGACUUGGAAACUGUCUCGAAGUCGGUAAUGAACUCCCAGGUGACGAACUAUACCUCGCCUUCUUCUAGCACAGGUGGCUACACCUCGUUGCGAUAGCACCAUUUUGUGGCCUCAGUUCGCCCAUUACAAUCCAAGAUUCUUCUGCACCAUUUCGUGGGCGGUCGAAAUCUUCGAUGUUGUCACAUUCCGCGGAAAGUGCGCGAUGCCAGGGGUAAUGUGGCCAUCUGGCAUGCUCGUCUUACCAUGAGCUACCGGCAAGGGAAUGACUAGUUUCGGUCAUAUCCAUACAUCCAUGUCCACUGUUUUCGCUUCGACUCAAUCGUGGUCAACAUCGCUGCGGUGCUCUCCAGUCGUCCGUAUCUCUUGGUUGAAAGGUCAUCCUCAGCGAGGCGCUCAUACAUCAAGAGCGGAUCCGACUAUCAAUGACGACCCUUGACCCGGCUUCGAGGUAACGAUGGCUUCUUUGAGCUUUUCCUCACUGAUGUCCGGGAAUCUCUUGUAGUAGUACUCCUUCUUCAGCGCUUCAGUCACAGCCACCACUUUAUCCUGUGGCACCAAGUGUACAGUGCAGCCGCCCCAGCCAGCACCAGUGAGCCGGGAACCAUAUGCUCCUGCCCUCCUUGCGAUAGAGCAUAUUUCGUCGAUUUCGGGACAGGAGCAUUCGUAGACAUUUCGGCAGGACUCCUGUGUCUUGUUCAUCAAAUCGCCAAGAUAGAGCAAUUUGUCCCCGUCCAACUUCCCGGAUGUUGUCAACGUGUCCUUGAACCUGACUACACGGCCGGCCUCUUGCAGUACAUGCAACGCACGUUGUCUGAGUUUGAAGGAGUCCGCUUGUAUAGGGAAUUUAGACAUGUACUCUUUCUCCAACGCAUCCACCGAGAUGCCCAGAAUUCCGGCGAUGUCGUCCCUAGUGUAGCUCUCCUUGUCAAGCAUAGACUUGAUGAUGUCAACCAUUGCGUCCACCUGGACAUCGAAAGGCUCAUCCCGCCGACCUUGCUUUUUCAUGAUCUCCUCCUGCAAAUUCCGCAAACAGAAUCCAAGCGAGCUGGAAUCAGGGUUGAGGGCAAUGUCAUGGAGCUUCGCCAAUACCACGCUGGCUAAAGUACACUCCACAACACGAAGAUUAUAGUGGAUAGGCGCCGUUACAGCCUUGUCGGAUGUAAUGAAGGACUGUGCAAUCAAAAAGGUAAUCUCGGGAUCAGACACAGGUACAGGAACGUGCUCCGCAAAGAAUUUGGGAAAGAAGUGGCAGUAGAGAAGAUAGCCUCGCUCGGAGAAUAUUGAUGCAGCCUGGUCCAUGCCGCCGGAAAACACGCCCACAGCACGCUCGGAUACGAUGGCCAAAUCCAGUAGGUCCUGCUUCGAAAUGUCCUGGUUGUUCGCAGCCAUAACAGCGAGCGCAGAAGCACAGACGAAGGCAGCGCUGCUUGACAGUCCGCCACCCGCGGGGACGUUGCCAUCAACCAGGAGUUCCAUUCCCUUAGGAACGAAGGUACUGCCAUGUUUGUUGCGCAAGUACUCCAAGGAUCCCUUCAAUCCAGCCAAGAAAUAGUUGACCCAAGAGUGGUGCUUCCUGUCUACUUCGACUGUGCCUGAAGUUGGGAGAUGCAUCUCUCGUUCAGGAUACUUUAUAGCAUUGACAUUGGCGAUCUUGACAGUGGGCUCAUCAGGAUUGCCAUCUUUGAUGACGCGGACGGCAAUCAGGACAUCAACAGUGACUGCUGCAGGCAAGACGUUGUACAGCGAAUAGUCAACGUGUUCGCCAAUGAUAUUGACUCUGCCGGGACUUCGUGCUACGAAGUCGGGUUUCUGGCCAUAUUUGCUGCUGAAGGACUUGAUCAAGUGGGUAAACCGAUUCCGAAGGUCGGUGGGAACGGCAUUGCCUUCUCCCGUCCCAGCAUAGACAUGCUCCAGGCAGUCCACCUCUGGUAUUGGUUUUGCCAUGUUGAUGGCGAUUAGGUGGCACGUCCUGCCCGCGAGAGUGUUUGAGGAACAAAGUAGACUUUUAUGAAGUGACAAGAGUGGGAGAGUGUAUUUUGUUGUCGAUAUAAUGUUCACACGUGCCUCAAGAGAUGAGUAUCAACACUUUUCCAGGUAUCAACAAUGGAGCCAGAAUUCAAGCGGCUCUGUUCCCGUUGAGCAUGAAGCAAUUAUUUAAAAUGUGCAAGAAAUGGUCAUGCAAACAGCAGAGAAGAAGAGAAAACGCAACGUUACAUGAGCAGAGGAGAGGUGGUAGUGGCAUUAAACAUUCAGCAGGCUGGAGUUGUCUGACCUCGCACGAAGCGGGAAAACGUCAUAGCGACUGGCUUCCGCAGCCGCAUUGAUUGCAUCUUUAAACUUACUCAGGCUGCAGUGCGGAAUGCUACACUACUUGCUCAGCCCCGACGGUCAACACACCUAGUACUACAAGGCAUCAAUAAGCAGACUUUGCACAUCAUUCAUCUGGAGACUCGCAACGACAUUGGUUUCCCUCAUGCAGUGGCCAAUGCGCUUGAGGUAGACGCCCGUUUCGGCCACUUCCCCAGGUCCAAGGCACGGCCUGAUCGUCCUCUCGGCUGAGCGAACGUUUGAACUACCACAUCCCCUACACCGCACACCUAGGCUCUGACCACGUCAAAAGCCCCCCAUCAUGAGUUCUGGCGACGCGGUGCCCGUGUCUGCGGAGGUCGAACCUGCACACCCUUCCUCGAAUCCACGCCCUCCUCCUCUCUCUCGCUCCUCAACCCUCGGGUCAAGAAAAUGCUGGAUAUGCAUGAGUGAUGCAUCAGAGGACGAUCCGAACAACCCUCCAGUGUGGCGGUCACCAUGCCAAUGCAGCCUGACUGCACACGAAUCUUGUCUCCUGGAUUGGGUGGCAGAUCUCGAAAAUCCAAAGAACCAGAAGCGGAAAGGCUCAACCAAGAUUUUGUGUCCACAAUGCAAAUCCGAGAUUAAGAUUUCAAGACCGAAGAGCUACGUUGUGAGUGCCUAUCGCGCGCUGGACCGCACGUUGGGCAAACUCGUAUUUCCUGGUCUCGGGCUGUCAGUGUUAGGUUCAUUCUGGGCCGGGGCUUGGUGCCAUGGCUUCUACUCUGUUUAUCUGGUAUUCGGGGAAGAAGACGCCACACGUAUAUUUGAGGAGGCUCUCCGACAUCCCUUGUGGCAUGUUGCGUAUGGGAUGAUUCCAGUCAACCUGAUCUUCGCUCGCACCAAUUACGCCGACUUCGUGCUACCUUCUGGCUCUUUAUUCUUGCUAGCGACACAGCUCAGUGAUGGGUUCGAAAUCGACAUGACGAUCUGGCCGCCCUUGCCCUCAACGGUUUUUGCGUGCUUGCCUACCAUCAGAAAAGCCUAUAAUUGGUGCUAUCACAUGGUCUUCUGUGAUCUCAACCGGAAAUGGCUGGAAGAAAUACAGCCAAGCCAUGCCCGGCCAGAAGAAAAUCAGGACGAAAACGGCGGGGGCUUUCAGGACAUACCGGAAGAAGUUCAGGAGGGAGAGGUUUUGCUGGAGUUAGAGGUCAAUCUGAAUGCCGAGCCUGAGCCUAUGGAAGGCGACGGCAAUGCGCCUGGCGAACAGCAGAUUGAGCAACCGCGGCCACAGAACGGCCACGUCCAUCAGAUUCUAGGAGACCGGGGCGAUCAACUGGUCGAAGGGACAUCCAGCAUCGGACAGAUGGUGUUAGGCGCUUUGGCUUUCCCCGGCGUGGCAGCAGGAAUGGGAACUCUUCUCAGCUACUUCUUGCCCUCUUCAUGGCUAAGUGCCGCCAACACUAUGAAUGGCCGCCCGGGUAUAAUGCGGACCAAAUGGGGAAGAAGUGUUGUGGGUGGUUGUCUAUUUGUUGUGCUCAAGGACGCUCUGGUGCUAUACUGCAGAUGGAAGCUGGCGCAAGGCCAUCGACAGAGGCGGAUUCUGAAUUAUGACAAGAAAACGAAGAGAUACUCGCUCUGAGAAGGCAGUCACUUUCUCUCAGGGACUUUAGAUGGGAUAUUCCCAGGCUUUGACGAUGCGAUGCUGGUGCUUUACUCAAUCAAAUAUCUUUGACGGCUGUCGCUUGCGCAGCCCUACACGCGAUA